AUGAAAAUUGGAUUACAUCAAAGAUUCACAAUAUGCAAUCUAAUUGCAUCUAUUUUAUUUUUGGUUUUUGGACUCACUCAACAUAUCGUUACUUUGGAUUCUGGACUAUUUAUGGUUGUGGAUCUGAUAUUUUCUUUAAUUUUUUUAUUGUUAGACUACAAAUAAAAGUUUAUUUGUUCAUCAGGAGAUUAUUAUUUGGCUAUAACUUAAUUGAUUAUGUAGAUAGUGUAAGUUGAGAUGACUAUAAACACUUAACAGAAGGUAUAUAGAUUGUUAUAAAAUCAAGGGAAUUUUCAUAUUCAUUAUACUGAAACUUUUAGCCUUGACUCAGGUAUUGAGAGUAAAGUUAUUAUAGAAAUUAAUAUAUUUCACAAUGCUUAUAUAUUCGAUCAUAAGAUUGAAAGAGUAUCAGUAUCCAAUAUCUUACUUAGGAUUGACUUUUUCACCAAUUCUUCUAGUAAUUAUGAUUAUGAUAAUUUUAGUUACAAGAAUAAAGUGAUGAUACAGAUCUUUUAUUAUUAUUUAAGGAGAUCUUACCAUUAUCUAUGUUAGUAAUAGACAAAUCAACAAGGAAACCUAUCUAUCAUACUAAGGCAUUGGAAAAUGAGUUUAAAUAUGAUGCAGCUCAUUCAUAAGAGUUUAUUGAAUGUUUGAAUCAUUUUUUUUCAGACAACCAAAUUAAACUUUAAACUUUAAUUGAUAAUUCAAAAGAUUUGAUUUACAAACCAAAAAACAAUUUUAAGACAAUAUUUACAGAAAUUAUGGAUAAUUGUUAAUAUUUAGUAUAAAGUCCAAUAUUUUAAAAGUUUACUAAUUUACCUGAAGUUCAUAUAGAAAAUGAUUAAAUCGAAGAGUAAAAAUAAUCAUAGUUUUAACAUGGUUCUGAAAUUAUAAUUGACACUCCAAAAUAUCAAUAAUUUUAUAGAGCUUCUAUAUAAUUAAGUGAAGAGACACCAAAAAAUAAAAAAUCUAAAAUAAUGGAGGAACUAUUAAUUCAGAAUUAAAGUUUACGAAAUAUUUGUGUAAAUGAAUUAAAAUAGAAAAAAUUGAAACUUUUUUUUAAUCACUGUUAUUGGAAUAGGAAUUAAGCUUUUGUUUUAAUAUUUUAGAAUAAAGAGAUAGAAAAAUCAUUAAUUUAAGUAUAAAAAGAAUUAACAACAUCAAAGUAAAUCUGUGAAAAUAAGGAUAUGAUUUUAGCCACUGUUUUCCAUGAUUUUAAAACCCCAAUUAAUGGAAUAGUAGCUAUUUUGGAAAGUUUAGAAGGUAAAAAGAGUUUAAAUCAAUAAGAGAAAUAUUAUCUUAAUAUUAUAAGAAAAAAUGUUUGUCUUAUGUUAUACAUGAUAUAUGAUAUUUAAGAUUAUGCAAGAAUAGAAAAGAAUCAAUUAAGAUUGUGUAUUAGUGAUUUUUAUAUUAAUGAAUUAGUAGAUGAAGUUAUUGAAACAAUAGCUAUAUCAGCAGAAUAAAAAGGAGUAGAAAUUAAGACUAUUUAUGAUAUUCCUUCUUAUCAAGUACAUUCUGAUCCAAAUAGGAUUAAAUAAAUCAUAAUGAAUAUUUUAUCAAAUUCCUUGAAAUUCACAGAAAAAGGUAGUAUAACAAUUACAAUAUAAUCUUAAAAUACAGAUAAAUCUUAACAUAUAAUGAGAAGUAAUUCUUCUAAAUGCAUAAGCUAUAUGAAUGGCAAUUAAUCUGUUUCUUAGAUUCGUAAAUCUCUUUAAGGUAAACAUCCAUCAAUAUCUUCUAACAAACUUGUAUAUACAAUCUCAAUUGAAGAUACAGGUUGUGGAAUUCCUGAUUCAAUCAAACCUUAAUUAUUCAACUUAUUUGCUACUUUUUCAUCUUAAAAAAUGGAAAAUAAGAAUGGAACUGGAAUAGGUCUAAUGGUUUGUAAAAAAUUAGUAAGUUUAUUAGGACCUUCAGAUACUAUUGAUUUAUAAAGUUAAUUAAAUGUAGGAACAAAAAUGACAUUUUAGAUAUUUGCAAAAUUAUAAGAUAAUGCUUAUAGAUUAUCUAAUUAUGUAAGUUGCUUUAAACAAGAAAAUAGUUCAUAACAUUUAAAUAAUUUAUAAAAUGAAGAAUCACCAAAUUAAAAAGACAAACCAUAACAAUAAUCUUUAUUUGUGAGAUCAUCUUAUCUUAGGUUAUACACUAAACCAUUAGAAAAGGCAGAUACAGAAAUGAAUGAACCCUCUAUGGAAGAUGGAGAUUAGACAAAAUCAAAAAAUAUAUUAAGAUUAUAAUCUUUAAGUUAGAGAUCUUAAACACAAAAAAAUUUAUAAUCUCAAGAUCUUUUAGAAGUUUAAGAUCCUAAAUUGAUUAUUCAAUAAUUACAUUAAAAUAAAAAAUUCAGUAUUUUAAUUGUUGAUGAUUAAACAUUUAAUGUUUUAGCAUUUAAAAUGCUACUUUAAAAUUUAAUUCCUUAAGUAGAUAUUAUUGAAGCUUAUAAUGGAUAAUAAGCAAUAGCUAAAGUAAUUUUUAAUUAUAAAAUUAGUUAUAAGAAUAUUAAAAAAGUUACAACAUAAAAUAUGUAUUUAUGGAUUUAUAAAUGCCAAUUUUAAAUGGAUGGCAAGCCGCAGAAAAAAUUCGAAUAAUGGUAUCAAAUAUUAUAUUCAAUAUAUAGAUUGAUAAUAAAGAAAUUGAAAAUAUAAAAUUGAUUGCUUUAUCUGGAUUUGAUGAUGUAGCCUAAUAAGAAAAAUGUGAAAAAUUAGGUUUUGAUGCUUUUCUUUCAAAACCAAUCAGAAUAGAAAUGAUUUCAGAAGUGUUUUUUUAACUUGAAAAGAGUUUUGAUUGA